CAAAAAAGUGAUCGUUUACCAAACAAAUGGAGUCUCGGUUAAUGCGUUUGUGUUUUAGUUUUUUGUUUUCCACACAUUUUCUUUUAUUUUCGUGCAGAUCGACGUGCAACGCGCUAAACCACAAAAAUGUUGCUGACAAUGCGGCGUCAAAAUGAACUGAUUGUAGGCAGCCAACAGCAUCCGUCGUCAGCCACUUCGUCCGCAUCCUCAUCCGCUGGAGCCACCAGCUCGCCAGGAUUAUCCGGACAAAAUCUCAAUCUAGUACCAGGAGCAGCAGGAACCAAUGCUACGUCUGCUAACUCACAGGAUUCCCUGAACACACCCACAACUCCUUUGCUGGGACUUAGUCGCAAUCCGCUCCAGUUUGCACCACCACCGGCACCACCCAUCGCGGUGCCAAGUCCAGCAGCAUCUGGACCCACAUUCGGUUACUAUCAGACUGCGAAUGCUGCACCACCACUUCAUCAUUCGCCGGCGGCAACCUCUGAAGUUAGUACCGCACCACAACCGCCAGUGGAACUGGAUGAGUAUGUAGACAUACUGCAGGUUCAGCAACUACUAUUGGACUCAUCGGCGGCAGCAGCAGCGGCAGCGAAUAAUCCUCCGACAGCCGAACAAUCCGUUCAGCAGCCACAACAAAAUACUGUGGUGCAACCACAUCCACAUCAGCAGCAGCAUCAGCAGCAGCAACAACCACAGCAGCAGCAACAGCAGCCGCAACAAAUUCUUGCCAAGCCGCGACCGCGAAUUAAUCUGCAAAAGGCCACCGAGUAUGCCGCUCAAUUAGCUCAGGCCGAGUCCUCCUCGCCCGGCUCGCGUCGUGUCCUGCUCGAUUACCCGAGUCCCUAUCUGUACGGCAAUCCCUAUCACCACCAUACGCCGCCAGGUGAGGACCUAGUCGCCCUCUGGUUCGGCAGCAAUGGCACAGGCGGCGUAGCCCCUGGAACUCCAUCAGCGGCCAUGAUCAUGGAAGGGCUUGAAACCCUGGUGGCGCCAACGCAUCACGCAUUCCUGCUCACCGAGACGGCCGCGGCCGCCCACUUCAAUGUGCUGAGCUUCGACACCUGUCUGUUCAAGACGAGCACGGCGGCCCAGAGCAGCGGCAGUCCGUCGACGGCCACCUACCUGAGUCCCGCCCAAUUCGGCGGCAGUCAUCACGGCGGCGCCAGCACCAGCAGCAACUCCCAGAACUCCUCCUCGACCGCAUCCUCGUCGUCCUCGCUGCUCCACUACACCACCGCUUCGGCAGCUGCCGCUGCUGCAGCCGCCGCCGCUGCAUCCGCCAACAACUCGGUGCUUCGUGCCCGCAACCAGACGGCCACGCCCACCCAGGGCGGCAGUCCGGGACACGUGGCCGUUCAGCCCAGCGCCACCGCCAGCAGCGGACGCAGCUCGGCCUCCCAUCUCAGCCUGCUGAACACCAGUGGCCAGCACAGUCCCACCUCCUCGGCCGUCGAGCAGGUGGAGGCCCACAAGCAGCUGAUCGAGGCGCUGCCGGGUGACCUCAACACACCGGUGACCACGUCCAGCGAUAUUCCCUCGUUCUUCGGACCCACCACCGUCGUGGAGCCACCGCCCAUUACUGGUUCCAUCGAAUCCGAGGAUCUAUCUUUGGAACCCCAGGUGAUAUCUGUGGCCAGUCCCGUGUUGUCACAUUGCAGUCCGUUGAAAGAGGAGCGCAGCACUCCGCCAGCAUUGGCCAUUGUCAAGGAAGAAUCAAGUAAUAAUAGUUGUAAUAUGUACCCACAACACAACAACAACACCACAACAUCAUCAUCAACAACCACAACAAGCAAACAGACAACAAGCGAAAGCAACAACAGCAACACCGAGUGCGUUGGCUCACCAGGCAACCAUACACAAUCACACCAACAGCAACAACAACAGCUGCAACACAACAACACGAGCAGCAACCACAGCAAUUGCCACCACAGUCACCAACAGCAGCAGCAGCAGCAACAACAACACAUGAGCUCCCCGCAACAUCAAUACCAACAACACCAAAUAUUACACCAACAACAACAAUUGCCAAAUCACCACCAUCAUCACCAUCACCACCACCACCAUCACAGUCAGCUACAACAACUCCAACAACAACAGCAACAACAACAACAGCAGCAACACCAACAACAGCCGCUACACCAACAACAGCAACUGCAACACCAGCAGCAGCAACAACACCACCAACAACACUAUCAGCAACAUGCCAUUCAACACCAGCAAUCACAACAGCAGGCUAGCAAAAUCUCAUAUCGUGGCAUUUUCACCACCACAGGCAACGCGAUGAACGCAGCAGCUGCCGCAGCAGCCGCCGCAGCACAGCAGCAACACCAACAGCAGCAGCAGCAACUUCCCUCGCCACAACUGGGCGUCCUGACCGGACCGAUGUCUCCGCCCUCAAAUAGCUUGGGCAACAGCUGGGGUCUGCCCAGUCCGGACAAGACCAUGUUCCAGCCGCCCCUGUUCAGCCUGCCCGCUCACUAUGCCACCAUGCAGCAACAGCAGCAACAGCAACAACAGCAGCAGCAGCAGCAACAGCAAGCGGCAGGAGCUGCUCCCUCGCCCUACGACGAUGGACGAGCUGCAGCAGCAGCGGCGGCACAGCACGCCGAGCUCUUGGGCUUGACCAUGGAUUGCACACCUCUCUUGCUGAAACAACCGCCGCCAACUUACGCCGGAGCCUCCGCCGGCUUCCCGGGUCUGGGUGACCUGCACAGCAGCCACGAGCAGCAGUUGCAACAGCAACAGUAUGUGCGAUCACAGCCGAAAUACCAGUGGCUUGACUCACCAGCGGACUAUGCCCAGCAGCAACAGCAAGUGCAGCAGGUGCAGCAACAGCAGCAGCAGCAGACUCUGGUGCUGCCAGGACCCACUUCAUCCGCCAGUUCCAGCAAUGCCGCUCUGGGCGUUUUGAUACCCAAGCAGGAGAACUAUCCCGACAUGCAGCCCAGCUCGAAUGGCACGGGCUAUUCCGGCGGAUCCGGUGGCAGUUCGGCGGCAGCUGCUGCCGCCGCUGCUGCAGCAGCAGCAGUGCAACUGGCCGAGUACAGUCCAUCCACCAGCAAGGGACACGAGAUCCUGUCGCAGGUCUAUCAGCAGAGCACUGUGCCCUUGAAACUGGUGCCCGUGAAGCCGCGCAAGUAUCCCAAUCGCCCAAGCAAGACGCCCGUGCAUGAGCGACCCUACGCCUGUCCGGUGGAGAACUGCGACCGUAGGUUCUCCCGCUCCGACGAGCUCACCCGCCACAUACGCAUCCAUACGGGCCAGAAGCCCUUCCAGUGCCGCAUCUGCAUGCGCAGCUUUAGUCGCAGUGAUCACCUCACCACCCACAUUCGCACCCACACCGGCGAGAAGCCCUUCAGCUGCGACAUUUGCGGCAGGAAGUUUGCUCGAUCCGAUGAGAAGAAGCGCCACGCCAAGGUGCACCUGAAGCAGCGCAUCAAGAAGGAGAAGGUGCGCGGCGAACAGCAGCAGCAACAGCAACAGCAGCAGCAGCAACAACAGCAGCAGCAGCAGUUGCAGCAGCAACAGGAGCAGCAUCAUUUGAGCCUGCAGCAACAUCAGCAGUACCAGCAGCAUCACCUGCUGCACUCCGCCGAUUUGGCCAUAGUCACCUCCAGUGCGAGCAUGUAGAGACUAGAGAACUCGGCAUCCAGCGUUGACCAGGCCAAGACUCCAACUCCCACACCAGCUCCGGCUGCAACACAGAAAGUGAGUCUGGCCCUGGCCCUGGAUCUCGACGAGAGCGCCUUUCCCUUCGAGCUGACAUCCGACUAUGGCACCCUGUCGCCGCUCACCAGUCCCAGGCAGUUCAAUUACGUGUGGGUGGGCCAGGACUCCAGCCAGCCCUUCUUCUACAAGGACAACGUCAGCGUCCAGGAGAAGUAGAGCUCAUCCGGGGCGAUCCGUCGAGGGGAAUCAAUCGCUGAUGCUGAAUAAUCACUUAGUGUAUACUGAACUAUAGUCGUAGGAACGGGGUUGUGCUAUCAGCAAAAUCUAUGCAAGACAUUAAAUAGUAGAGAAGAUACAAUAUGCUACAGUUAGCCUAGAUAAUAUUUCACACAUCCAAGAAUGGUCAGGAUAGGAAAUCGAGAUAUCGAGUAAUCAUGAAAUUAAGAAUCAAGAAAUCGAGCAAGCAAACAGAGUUACUAACCAUACAAAGCCUAACUAAAGCAAAUUGAUGAUUACUAACUAUAUUCGAUGUAAUUGAAAUGGGAAAAUAUUUAACUUAUGUCUCUAAUACUGUGAUCUCAUGUGUAAUAAUUAUUAAUUUUAAUUUCUUUACAUAACUGCAAGUAACCAGUAAUAAUUUUAAAAAUUAUAAUCCUUUCGCCUUUGCCUAGCUAAUGUUCAUUUUAUAAAAAUGCUAACACAAACAAAACACACAAACACUAAUUUAUUGCAUUUUAAACUAAUUAUACAUAUACGUAUGUAUAUCUAUUAUAAUUAUUAACUUAUUAUCUUAAAGGUUUAGAUUUAGGUUUUAACAUACAGAAUACACGAAAACGAACAACACACACAAAUCUUAGCAUAUCAGUUUUUCCUCUAAGCAUUAUAAAUUGCAUAAGUUCAAAACAAAAGUUACUUUUUAAAUCGGAAAAUGGAAUUUUCGUGUGCUAAAAACGAGAAACUUGUUUAAUGGAAACGGAAACGAAAACUUAAAAUUGAAAAAUGAACCCAGUGUACUUCCUUAAUUGAUUCGAAAUCAAAACGGCAAAUGGAAAUGAAAUGUUAUUAUACAUUAUAAAUACAUAUAUUUAUCUUGAAUACGUUUAUGUUCAAUCUACUGUAGAAAGGAAUUUCUUCUUAGUUCGUAAUCGUUUAUUUAAGUUUAAUUAAUUUUUAUAUUAUUAGUUUACUUUA